AUGGCGCCAUCGGAUGCCACUGCACACGACCCGAUUUUCAGCGAGAAACGGUUCGUGUGCGGCGGCCUCAAACCCGGGCAAAAUCGGGAGGGACAGAUUCUUCUCAUGAGUCUGGUUUCACAAGGGAAGGUGCACCUGCUGGCCGUGUCCCAGCUUGGCACCUGUAACACGGAGGCCAAGGAAGUCCUACUUUCCAACCGACUGCCGAUCAUCGUCUAA